GUUUCAGCAACCCAUUCCAACUGCAUCAUUAAAAAGGAGCAAGAGACUUGUCUGGAGAAGAUACGGAGGGCAGCUGCCCUGAACCCUCUCAAUGACUCUUCUCCAGGUUGCCCAGGAAUGUGGGAUAACAUUACAUGCUGGAAACCUGCAAGUGUGGGUGAAAUUGUCUUUGUCAAGUGUCCUGCACUGUUCAGAUUUAUCAUCUCUGAAGACGGUUGGGAAGUAGAUAACUUGGGGCAAACUCAUGCAGGUGAUUAUGACCUGUUGGAAAGCACAGCCCAAUCUCCCCUAGGGGACAUCAGCAGAAAUUGCACUGAAGAUGGCUGGUCUGAACCUUUUCCUCAUUAUUAUGAUGCCUGCGGCUUUGACGAAAAUGAAACAGAGUCCGAUAACCAGGAUUACUACUACCUGUCUGUGAAGGCUCUGUACACGGUGGGAUACAGCACUUCUCUGGUUUCCCUCACCACCGCCAUGGUUAUCCUGUGUCGGUUCAGGAAGCUUCAUUGCACUAGAAAUUUUAUCCACAUGAACCUCUUUGUUUCAUUCAUCCUGCGUGCAAUAUCUGUAUUCAUUAAAGAUGGGGUUCUUUAUGCUGAACAGGAUGGCAACCACUGUUUUAUCUCAACGGUGGAAUGCAAAGCAGUGAUGGUGUUUUUUCACUACUGUGUCAUGUCCAACUACUUCUGGCUUUUCAUUGAGGGAUUGUACCUUUUCACUUUAUUGGUAGAAACCUUUUUCCCAGAGAGGAGAUAUUUCUACUGGUACACUAUUAUUGGCUGGGGUACCCCAACAAUUUGUGUCACUGUCUGGGCAGUGCUGAGACUUCACUUUGAUGAUACCGGCUGCUGGGACAUGAAUGACAAUACUGCCUUGUGGUGGGUGAUCAAGGGUCCUGUAGUUGGAUCGAUCAUGAUAAACUUUGUGCUUUUUAUUGGCAUAAUUGUGAUACUUGUGCAGAAACUCCAGUCACCAGAUAUCGGGGGCAAUGAAUCCAGCAUUUACUUGAGGCUGGCUCGCUCUACACUACUGCUUAUCCCCUUGUUUGGAAUUCACUACACGGUGUUUGCCUUUUCUCCUGAAAAUGUCAGUAAGCGGGAGAGACUAGUGUUUGAAUUGGGACUGGGAUCUUUCCAGGGUUUUGUUGUUGCUGUUCUCUAUUGUUUCUUGAAUGGGGAGGUGCAAUCAGAAAUAAAGAGAAAAUGGAGGAGCUGGAAAGUCAACCGAUAUUUUGCUGUGGAUUUCAAACAUCGUCAUCCUUCUCUAGCGAGCAGCGGAGUGAACGGGGGGACACAACUCUCCAUUCUGAGCAAGAGCAGCUCUCAGAUUCGGAUGUCCAGCAUAAAUGCGGAGAACCUAGCGACAUGA